UUUGAAGCUACAUUGCAAUCUCUGAGAGAGUUCUUCCUUUUCUCUCGUGUAUUGGAAGAUUGAUUACACGGUGGAUGGAGACUACCACAAAAGCCAAUGGUGCUGCCAAAUCAAAGGUCCCUGAUAAGAUUCCUGUUGCUGCUCGCCCACUAGCAGAAGAUCCAACAGAUAUUGCAUCCAACAUCAAGUAUCAUGCUCAAUACAGUCCACAUUUUUCGCCUGUCAAAUUUGAGCCCGAGCAAGCAUAUUAUGCAGCAGCAGAGAGUGUUCGUGACCGACUGAUUCAACAAUGGAAUGAGACCUAUCUUCAUUAUCACAAAGUUGACCCAAAGCAAACAUACUAUCUAUCUAUGGAGUUUCUCCAAGGAAGAGCAUUGACUAAUGCCAUUGGGAAUCUGGAUAUUCAAGAUGCAUAUGCCAGUGCUUUGAACAAGCUGGGUCAUGAACUUGAAGAAAUCACUGAGCAGGAGAAAGAUAUGGCACUUGGGAAUGGUGGUUUGGGGAGGCUUGCAUCUUGCUUUUUGGACUCGAUGGCAACAUUAAAUUUGCCAGCAUGGGGUUAUGGUCUAAGGUACAGGUAUGGACUUUUCAAGCAGAGCAUCUCUAAAGCAGGGCAAGAAGAGAUGGCAGAAGAUUGGCUUGAGAAAUUUAGUCCCUGGGAGGUUGUCAGGCAUGACGUGGUGUUUCCUGUCAGAUUCUUUGGUCAUGUCGAGGUCCUCCCGACAGGAUCCCGAAAAUGGGUCGAUGGAGAGGUUUUACAAGCCCUAGCAUAUGAUGUGCCAAUUCCGGGAUACAAAACUAAGAAUACUAAUAGUCUUCGCCUUUGGGAGGCCAAAGCUAGUGCUGAGGACUUCAACCUGUUUCAGUUUAAUGAUGGACAAUACGGGUCUGCUGCUGAGCUACAUUCUAGAGCUCAACAGAUUUGCGCUGUUCUCUAUCCUGGUGAUGCUACAGAAGAAGGGAAACUUCUUCGACUGAAGCAACAGUUUUUCCUAUGCAGUGCAUCGCUACAGGACAUUAUUUCCAGAUUCAAGGAAAGAAAAGAGGGAACUGAUGUGCGCCCGUGGUCAGAGUUUCCAAGCAAGGUUGCAGUGCAACUAAACGACACACAUCCUACACUUGCAAUACCAGAACUAAUGAGAUUGCUGAUGGAUGAAGAAGGACUAGGAUGGGAUGAAGCUUGGGAUGUGACUUCAAGGACAAUUGCUUACACAAAUCACACUGUCCUUCCUGAGGCACUAGAAAAGUGGUCACAGAUCGUGAUGGCAAAGCUUCUUCCUCGGCACAUGGAAAUCAUACAAGAAAUUGACAAGCGAUUUAUUGCGAUGAUAGAAUCAACACGUCCUGAGCUAAAGAGUAAGAUUUCUGAUAUGCGCAUUCUGGAUCACAACCCAAAUAAGCCGGUUGUUCGCAUGGCAAACUUGUGUGUGGUCUCGGGGCAUACGGUUAAUGGUGUAGCACAGUUGCACAGUGACAUCUUAAAGGCUGAGUUGUUUGCAGAUUAUGUCUCUGUAUGGCCAACUAAGUUCCAAAAUAAGACCAAUGGCAUAACUCCUAGACGGUGGCUCCGAUUUUGCAGUCCUGAACUGAGUGAAAUCAUAACAAAAUGGUUGAAAACGGACAAGUGGGUGACUAACCUUGACCUGCUCGUGGGUCUGCGGCAGUUCGCUGACAAUCCAGAACUGCAAGCUGAAUGGGACUUGGCUAAAAUGGCCAACAAGAAGAGAUUAGCGCAGUACGUAUUGCGAGUAACAGGCGAAAGCAUUGACCCAAAUACCCUCUUCGACAUUCAAGUGAAGCGCAUCCAUGAGUAUAAAAGACAGCUGCUAAAUAUUUUGGGUGCUGUUUAUAGGUAUAAGAAACUGAAGGAAAUGAGCCCUGAAGAGCGGAGAAGCACGACACCAAGGACCAUCAUGAUUGGAGGGAAAGCGUUUGCAACAUACACAAAUGCCAAAAGAAUAGUAAAACUUGUGAAUGAUGUUGGUGCUGUUGUUAACACUGAUCCCGAGGUUAAUGAAUACUUGAAGGUAGUUUUUGUGCCUAAUUACAACGUAUCUGUAGCAGAGGUUCUUAUACCAGGAAGUGAGCUGUCGCAACAUAUCAGCACAGCAGGCAUGGAAGCUAGUGGCACAAGCAACAUGAAGUUUGCGCUUAAUGGAUGCCUCAUCAUAGGAACAUUAGAUGGAGCUAAUGUCGAAAUAAGAGAGGAAGUUGGAAAGGAGAACUUUUUCCUCUUUGGAGCAACAGCAGAUGAAGUCCCUCAGCUCAGGAAAGACCGAGAGAAUGGACUGUUCAAACCGGAUCCUCGAUAUGAAGAGGCUAAAGAAUUUAUUAGAUCAAAGGCAUUUGGAAGCUAUGAUUACAACCCACUUCUUGAUUCUCUGGAAGGGAACUCUGGGUAUGGGCGUGGUGAUUACUUUCUCGUUGGUCAUGACUUCCCAACCUACAUAGACACCCAAGCACAAGUGGACGAAGCAUACAAGGACAGAAAGAGAUGGAUAAAGAUGUCGAUAUUAAGCACGGCGGGAAGUGGGAAGUUCAGCAGUGAUCGAACAAUCUCUCAGUAUGCAAAGGAGAUAUGGAAGAUAGAGGAGUGCCCUGUGCCAUAAUUCCAUACCUCUUACUACCAGAAAGAAACAAGAGUGGAUAUAUAAUAAGUAACAAUAAUAAGUUUGAUGCUUUUACUUUUCCUCCUCAAAAGUAUAUUCAUGUAUCUUUAUUAUGUAAAUCAAGCAAUUGGUAAUAUAAAUAUGUAUAAGACCCAAUUUGUUGGCAUUUAUACUUCUCUUCA